AUGGAAGACUUGCUCGAUGAGUUCGAGAAGCCACUCAGGCCAAGUCGGAGGCAGAAUCCAGCACAAGCAGAGAAGUUUUCUUUCUUUAGCCGACCGUGCUUGCUGGUGUCUCAAAACCAAGGUUUUAGCCAUGAACUUAUGAAGCUUGAUACCAGCGGCCUUGAGUCCACCAUGCCGUUUUUCGGGGUGAACAAAGAGAUGUUUGAGGGGGUCUUGCUCGAUAAGUUGACUUCUUUGGCAUUGGACUAUGCACAACGAGAAGGAAUCGACACCGUCUUGCUUGAUGAGUGGAAGGGGAUGCUAGAAACAAUCAAUGCAAUGCUCGAUGGUGCAGAGGACAAGCAAAUGAGUGGUGAUUGUCGAGUGAAGCCAUGGCUGGAGGAUGUUAGGGACUUGGCUUAUGACAUGGACGACUUGCUCGAUGAGUUCGAGAUCGAAGCCACUCAGGCCAAGUCGGAGGUAGAAUCCAGCACAAGCAAAGGUAAGUGGAAAAGGAAGUUCUCUUUCUUCAGCCAACCAUACUCAUCCGUGUUUAAAAACAAGGUACAAGAGAUUAAUGAUAGGUUGGAAAGGAUUCUCACUAGGAAGGCUCACUUGAGCUUGGGAGAGAAUACUACAAAUAGAUCCAACAACAACAAAAGGCUCCCUAGCACUUCUCUGCCAGAGCUUUGGUUUUUUGGCAGGGAGGAGGAAGAAGCACAGUUACUUAAACUGUUGAUUAGUGAUGUCCAAAAUUCCGAUGAUACUUUGAGCAUAGUCCUUAUAGUUGGGAUGGGUGGCGUUGGAAAGACAGCCUUGGCUCAAAAGUUGUAUAAUCACCCCAUAGUGAGUAGCUAUUUCGAGAGAAGAGCUUGGGUCUGUGUUUCGGAUGUUUUUGAUGUUCUUGACAUAACGAAAACUAUUUUGCAGUUGAUUAGUGAAUUGCCAUGCGAGGGCAAAUAUCUUAACUGGCUUCAAGUUAAGUUAAAAGAUGAUCUGUCCGGAAAGAAGUUUCUUGUGGUUUUAGAUGAUGUCUGGAAUGACAAGUACACAGAAUGGACUUCCCUCUUAAAGCCAUUUGAAGUGGGGGCUAAGGGAAGCAAGAUCAUCAUCACGACGCGUAAUAAUUCUGUUGUUUCCAUAAUAGGAGCUUGCCAUAUCCUUUGA